CGAGUUGGGUUCGAGCAGUGGCCGCGAAGUUUCUUGUUCUUUACAAGGCUCUCCGAACCGUCCACCCCAAUUCGCUAGGGCUUUCUCGUUGAUCCCUCUUAUCCUUCGAUUUGAUACUGGGAAGACGAGAUCGGCAUCGCUGGAUAUUCUCAUCGGCGAGGCUGAGCAAGGGUGCAAGAGGCAGCGCGAUCGCGCCUGGGUACAUAUCAGAAAUAUAAAAAAAUCAGAUCUUUUUGGCAAGCAAGGGUUGUUUAUCACCCAUGGAGAGCUCUGGAGUCACUAAACGGACUAACGGUUACCUUGGGGUCACCGAGCCAAUAUCAUGGAGUGGGCCAACGGAGUAUGAUAUCAACAAGACCCAGGAGCUGGAAAAGUUUCUUGAGGAUGCUGGGUUGUAUGAAAUCCAGGAAGAAGCUGUCUCCAGAGAAGAGGUUCUGGGAAGAUUGGAUCAGAUUGUAAAGCUCUGGAUAAAGAAAGUUAGCAGGGCCAAGGGAUUCAAUGAGCAGUUUGUCCAAGAGGCAAACGCGAAGAUAUUUACUUUUGGGUCUUACCGACUUGGGGUGCAUGGUCCUGGCGCUGAUAUAGACACUUUGUGUGUGGGUCCAAGGCAUGCUACUAGAGAAGAAGAUUUCUUCACAGAACUGCAUAAUAUGUUGUCUGAGAUGCCGGAAGUGACAGAACUGCAACCUGUUCCAGAUGCUCAUGUCCCUGUAAUGAGGUUCAAGCUCAAUGGAGUUUCCAUAGAUCUUCUAUAUGCUAAGCUAACACUUUGGGUCAUACCUGAAGACCUAGAUAUCUCACAGGACUCCAUAUUACAAAAUGCUGAUGAGCAGACUGUUCGCAGUUUGAAUGGGUGUAGAGUCACGGAUCAAAUUUUACACUUGGUGCCAAAUAUUCAGAACUUUCGCACAACUUUGCGCUGCAUGAGGUUUUGGGCAAAGAGACGUGGAGUAUAUUCGAAUGUUGCAGGGUUCCUUGGUGGUAUAAAUUGGGCAUUACUUGUUGCUCGAAUAUGCCAAUUAUACCCCAAUGCACUGCCAAGCAUGCUAGUAUCGCGCUUUUUUCGUGUCUACACCCAAUGGCGUUGGCCAAACCCUGUGAUGCUUUGUGAGAUUCAAGAGGGUACUCUUGGACUUCCUAUCUGGGAUCCCAGACGAAAUUUCAGAGAUAGACAUCACCAAAUGCCCAUAAUAACACCUGCAUAUCCCUGUAUGAAUUCUAGCUACAAUGUAUCAUCAAGCACAUUGCGGGUCAUGUUGGAAGAAUUUCAGCGUGGAAAUCAGAUAUGUGAGGCAAUGGAGACUAGCAAAGCUGACUGGGAUAGUCUAUUUGAGCCUUAUCCGUUUUUUGAAGCCUACAAGAAUUAUCUCGAGAUUGACAUAACCGCUGGAAAUGAAUCUGACCUUAGGAACUGGAAAGGUUGGGUAGAAUCACGUCUUCGCACACUGACCCUAAAGAUUGAAAGACAUACGUUUGGCAUGCUUCAGUGCCACCCUUGUCCACGUGAUUUUUCAGACAAGUCUAGAUCAUUUCAUUGUUGUUACUUCAUGGGCCUUCAGAGAAAACAAGGAGUACCCGUACAAGAAGGCGAGCAAUUUGACAUAAGGGCAACUGUGGAAGAGUUUAAGCAUUCCGUAGGCAUGUAUACCUCGUGGAAACCUGGAAUGGAGAUUCGAGUUACCCACAUAAAACGAAGAAAUGUUCCAUCAUUUGUUUUCCCUGGUGGUGUACGGCCUUCUCGCCCUUCUAAAGUAGUUGCAGGUUUGGAGGGUCAUGACAUUUCUAGAGGUAGGGCUUCAAAUAGAGUUCAGGCUGGAAAGGCUGCUGAGGCUAUGACCAACGUGGCUGACAAAUGUACUGAUACAAAACAGCUGGAUGAACUUGCGUCUACUGGUUCCAUUGAAUCAAAAUCAAAAAAGAGAAAGGUAGACGAUACAACAGAGGAGAAUGGUACUAAAAUAAACCAAGUGGCUGAUUCUUCUUUGAAGGCAACUGAAACUGAAUUUCCAGACUCUUGUAACGGGGUCACCUAUAUGCCUGAUGAUUCAAGGAAGAGAAGAUGCAUGGAAGGCAGUACCUAUAGCAAUCCUAUUGGUAUGAAGCUUCAGACGGCUAAACCACUAACAAAGCCUGAAACUUCAGCUGCUGCUGCUACAUUUGGCAUCACUCAACAAUCUCUGUGCUCAAAGGAGGCAGAGGCAUUGGCAAUUAACAAACUAACUAGUGUGGAGCCUGGCAACCUUGCAGCUCUACCUGAGGGUUUGGAUGAGCUUGAAUAUUUUGAAUCACAGUGCUCAGAUCAACCUUCUAAUGCUGAUCGAACUGUGACUCAAGCAGGAAUAUACAGCGGCAGUAACACACAGGAUGGCAGCACCAUAGAACCUUCUGCUCCAUCUUCGGCAAAAGAACUAUCUGCUCCUGCUGCGGGUUGUUCUGUGGAACCAUCUCAUUCUGGUACAACAGUGACCCAAGAUGGAAUGUCUGGCGGAAAUAACACACAGAACGGAAGCACUGAAGAACUCUCUGCACCAUCUUUGGCGUGGACUCCUGUGAUGACUGCCAAUACCCAACGCAAGCCCUUAAGGUUGAGGUUAUCCACUGUGGUUAAAUCUAAUGGAAAAACAUCGUGAUUUUACUCCGAAGGCAAGUCUAAGAUCCAUUUCCGAUCACAAGCUCCAUGCUGCUUCCAACUAAAGAUGGGUAGUAAAUGAAGACACUUUUGUCGACAUGAUGUCUGAUAAAAGUUGAUUCUUUGUUCCGAUGCUAUGUCGUCGAGCCUUAAUUGGCUCCCAUAACUUGUAAAACUUUUAUCAAUGUGCAAUUUUAAGUUUAAAUCUUACACAUUUCUAUUCA